AGGAGCUUCUUUCUACAAAAGAAAUUCAGCAUCAGACACAUGUCCAGCAUGGCUGAGGGUGAGUGAACUAGGGCCAGCGUGGUGAUCCUGCACAGAUCACUGGCUCCAACUUUUGACAGUUUCUGCCAGGCCAACAGUGGUCCCCUGCCCCUGCUGGGCCGAAGUGAGCCGGGCAAGUGGACGUUGGCUGCCCUGGGCGCUGUUUCAGACACCAGGUUGGGCAGUCCCCAGUUCUGGAAAUACGAGUCAGGUGUUUGCAUGGGCAGCCUGACCUCACUGGAGGAGUGCUCGGAGCAGCUGGAGGACAUGGUAACCUUCAUUCUGGGCCACAGCUUCUCCCCGGAGAAGGCCUUCGAGAAGGCGGGACUCCCCAGUAGAUACCCAGCAGGCCACGUCGCUGAGUACAAGACAACUGUGCCUUGUGCCUCCAUUGCUGGGUUUUGCUGCCCCCUGGUGGUCACAAUGAGAUCCAUCCCCAAGGACGACCUGGAGAGGCUGGUGCAGGCCAGUUGCUCCAUGGGGGGUGAGCAUGGCCAACCUGUCCACAUCGGAGACCCAGACCUGCUGGGGAUCACAGAUCUCUCCCAACCCGACUAUGGAGACCCCGUGGAGUGUCGACCAGGGGAGGUCCCAGUUUUCUGGCCAUCCCAGCUGACCAGCCUCGAAGCCGUGAGCAGCUGCAAAGCUCCACUGGCUUUUGCCAGCGCUCCUGGUCACACCAUUCUGAUGGACCUGAAGGCCAUGCAGAUGCCAGCCACCUGUCUCAGCACUGAGGCCGUUCUGGAAGUCCAUCCUAUCUCCCAGGAGCCUUUGCACUACAGCAUCGCAUCUGCAUCCGCUGUGAAGAAGAUCCGAGAACUGGAGACACUGAUUGCCGUGGACCCAGGCAACCGAGGCAUCGGCCAUUUGUUCUGCCAAGACCAGCUUCUGCAGGCCUCCCUGUCACUGUCCCACGCCUGCUCAGUCCUCAUCACCACCGGCUUCCCCACGCAUUUAACCCACGAGCCUCCGGAGGAGACAGAUGGGCCCCCGGGAGCCAUCGCACUAGCUGCCUUCUUGCGGGCGUUGGGGAAGAACGUCGCCAUGGUGGUGGACCAGAGAGCCCUGAGCUUGCACAAGAAGCUUGUCAACGAGGCUGUUGAGCAAGGUAUUCUGAAGACCCAGGUCCCAUUAUUAACGUACCAAGGUGGAUCAGCAGAGGCGGCCCAGGCCUUCCUGUGCAAAGAUGGGGACCCCAGGUCACCUAGGUUUGACCAUCUGGUGGCCAUCGAACGAGCAGGAAGGGCCGCUGACGGAAACUACUACAACGCGAGGAAGAUGAACAUCAAGCAUCUGGUUGACCCCAUCGAUGACCUUUUCCUCGCAGCUAAGAAGCUCCCAGGAAUCUCGUCGACUGGGGUCGGUGAUGGCGGUAACGAGCUCGGAAUGGGCAAAGUCAAGCAGGCCGUGAGGACUCACAUACGAAAUGGGGCUGUCAUCGCCUGUGACGUGGAGGCCGACUUUGCUGUCAUCGCAGGAGUUUCUAACUGGGGAGGCUACGCCUUGGCUUGUGCACUGUACAUCCUGAACUCCUGUGCGGUCCACACACGCUACCUGAGGAAGGCAGUCGGAGUGUCCAGAGCACCUGGGGAACAGAUCUGGACUCAGGCCCUCCCAUCCGUCACCAAGGAAGAAAAAAUGCUGGGCAUCUUGGUGAAGCACAAAGUCCGGAGCGGAGUCUCAGGUGUCGUGGGAAUGGAGGUGGACGGACUGCCCUUUUAUGGCACCCACGCGGAGAUGAUCCAGAAGCUGGUAGACGUGACCAUGUCCCACAUCCUCACACUUUACCCGCCAACCCAGCUUCUCUUUGAAAAGGUGACAGUCACUGUCCUCCCCCUGCCGCGGCCCCCGCCACGCAGCAUCCCAGAUGACAGCAGAGCCAGCCUCGAGCUAAUACUCAGCAUUCUCCCAGAGCUCAGCAAGUGGGAGCUGCCCUCCGAGACCCCGAGACCGGAGAGGCCUGACUGA